AUGCAGCUCCAAGAAACUAUCAUGAAAACAUUGUAUGACCUCCUCAUCUCAGGUAGCAAGCCACUUUCUAAUGCUGUCACAGCUGGCAUUGUCCUGCUCUCUAUCCUGGGUGUGCACCAAUGUGCAAUCCCACCCAUUCAGGCUGGAUUCUUGGCUUCGCAUGCAGGCACUUUUGACAGGGACUGGGGUCAUGGAGCGGGAUUCAGGGGUCAGGGGUCAGGGGCCGGGUACUCAGACUGUGGUCUUGGGGUGCCCCCUGGAUCACAGCCACCUGGCCCCACGCAGACCCCUCCGCACAACCCCAGCAACCCCAUCAUGGGCCCCCACACUCAGCCAUUCAUGUCUCCUCGAUACCCCGGCAACGCUCGCUCCUCCCUCCGAAUGUCAGCACAGCCACCUGCUGGAGUGCCAGGCUCCCAGCCCCUGUUGCCAAACACCCUGGAACCCACAAGGCAGGAAGGGCCCCUCGGUGUCUCUGGUCCGAUACAGAGGAUGAGUGCUCCCCGUGGUCUCACUAGCCUGGGACCACAGAGUUAUGGAGGAGCAAUGUUGCCCCCACCAAACUCUCUGGGAGGCCACGGAAUGCUGGGAAUGAACCUGGCUCCAGGGGGAGGAGGAGGACGCUCCUGGCCAAACCCAGUGAACACAAGCUCUAUUCCAUACUCCUCAUCAUCACCAGGCAGCUAUGUGGGAGCCCCCAGCAGUGGCCUGCCAGGAACAUCAAUCAUUCCCAGCCCAGCAGACUCCACAAACUCCAGUGAGAACAUGUACACGAUGAUUGCGCCCUUGGGAGCAGCAGGCAGCCGUUCCAGUUUCCAGAUGGGUCCAGGAGCUGAGGGUUCAUUGGCUGGAAUGGCAGGCAUGGAGCCUCAUCAUAUGAACGGGACACUAGGUACUGCUGAUAUGGAUGGGUUGUCAAAGAAUUCACCAAACAAUAUGACUGGGAUGAGCAAUCCCCCGGAAACACCUCGUGAUGAUGGCGAGCUGGCAGGAAACUUUUUAAACCCAUUCCAAAAUGAAAGUUACUCUCCCAGGAUGACAAUGAGCGUGUGACUGAAUCCUCAAAACCCCCUCACCAGUCAUCAUGCAACCCAGCCGGAAAUGAAAAGAUCAUAUUCACAUGGGAGGCCAGUCCCAUUCAAAAUAAAUCAUAUUUAAUGGACAAAGACCAGACUCCAAGGUGGUGGUGAAUCCUCAGGGAUUACAUUGGGACAAGCUGCUUAUGGAGCCCUGAGGUUUUCUGGAGGAACUGAAGAGGUCACCUUACCCACCAGGGGGAUGGAUGGGGGCAAGGACCAAAGGAGGAGGGUGACAGAGUGAAAGAACAGUGCAGCAUGAUCAGACAUUUUGCUGUCUUAAGAUGUUUUUUGUAUCAAAGGUAUGUCCAUUCAGACAACAAAGAAACAAGAUUGACCAGCCUUGAGCAAGGAUACUGUGUGAAUAUUUCAGCUGCUAAGCGAUGUUUGAUCAAACCACACCAUCCUUCCUGCAACUCAGUGAUACCAAAGUGGCGACCUUUUAAAGAAGGUGGAUUGGUGAGGUUGGUGGGGGGAAUUGUACUGACAGCUAAUGAGCUGAUUAUUUUUCCCUCCAGCUCAAUGAUGCCUAUGGGUGGGGCCUGUAUUUGCUCAGCUCACUGACACUGACUGGGCCCAACUAUUAAAUCGCAAAGUGCAUUCAGUCUGUUUACCUGUAUGUAACAGGCUCUUGCAAUAGCAAGGGGAUAACAAGUAGUGUGCUGGUAUUGGCUGAAUUGAUAGUGUUGGACAGGGCACUGAGAGAACGAUCUUCUCUUGUGCUGAGUCCUUGGGAUCUUUAAAAUCUAUCAAAGACACAACACUGUGUGAUACAGAGCAGCCUGACAUUGUAGCCAAUGACUUUGAUUAAUAACACAAGUCCAUUGCAAGGGGAAACCUAACCUUUUGACCUUGGAAGGAGGUUAUUGCAGGGCUUCAUUGAGUUGUACAGGAGUGUGAGUAAAUUGUUAAUUCAGGGAUGCUUCCACUAAAAGGUCACAUGGUCAAAGUAGGAAAAGGACAAUUAAUUUCAAAUCAUGCAGAGUUAAAAGGAAAACCUUUGAAGAAUCGGAUGAAGUGAUGAGAGAUUGUGCACUACUAGGUAUUUCUACUUGGAUGAUCCGUGUUUCUCCUAUGUCUGGUUUCCCAAAACUGACCAUUUUCCCAGAGAAGACAACAGUUUCCUCAGAUUAUGCCAGAUAACAGAAACUUGCCAAUGAAUUGAUAUUACAUCUAAUGGAAGUUAAUUCUUCCUCUAAUCCCCUCAUGUGACAGUUACUUCUAAUCUAAUUCUUGUGAAUGAAGCUGAUCACACUUCUGAAUUAUUUUUCAGACUUUUCACUAUUUAAUGCAGCAUUCUGCCAAAGGGAUCAGAUCAACUACUGAUCAUCAGUUCCUUGGUCUGCACUCAGGGCUGUCAUCCAGUCUUAGAAAUUGUUGUUCUCUCUCACUGUUUCUCCCCCUGGCUCUCCAACUUGUGUGCAAGUUUUCACACACUUGAAACAAUUAAGUUCUCACGUUUCCGCUCAAGCAUUUGCAGUCCCUCUUGCACAUCACAUGUCUUUCUCCUCUGAAAGCUGGGCAAACACUGUCCAAUGUGUGCUGAAAUUCAAGUCCUACCUUCAAGCUCCCCUAAAUGCAAUUGGUUGCUGUUUUCACAUUUGAUUGGCCAGUUCUCAGGCUCUGAUACUGCAGUAGUUGGAAUUUCAGUCCUGGAAAGGUCUGCCUCACGUUCUCCCACACCCAGAGCACAUGUUGCAGUGGUAAUACCGUUGUCUGUCUACCUGGCCAAGUGAGGUUACUAAGAGGUGAUGGGAGUGUUGCAUAUCGAUAAUACAUUAACAAGCAAUGGUGCUGAGUGAAUAUUGCACUGAGAAACCAUCCCUCAUAUCUUGAAUGAGCGGGCUCCAGCGUGAACACACUCCCGAAGUGUUACUAAGACAAAGGCCCAGAGUGUAACUAGCACAAAGGGAUCAUAGAGCUGUAAUUGCUGGAUACAUUGGACUGCUUCAGCUUGCUUCAACACAAAAGGUCAAGGGAGAAGGAGAUGCUUUAAAUCAGCCAGGGAUUCCCACCAGACCCCCAAACCCCUGCCCCAUUGAUCACUAUACAGUAGUUGUGAGAGUGUUAAGGUGGAGACAGAAAUCAAGCUGCAGGACAUACAUGAUCACAAAUGAUAUCACAGUAAAUUUCUAAUCCUCCUUUCUAGAUUCAAUGUGAAAUAUGUGGCGAGUUACUGCUGGAAGCCCAAUAUCCAUGUACCCCAAACAGACAAGUGUUAGGGAAAAUAUGUAGGGUGCUCCUCAGACAAGAUCACUCAAACUUUUGUAUCAUGACUAUGGAAGAUACAAAGUCCGCCACUUGACACAAAAGACCUCAGUCACAUUCUGAUAUUUUAUUUGAUAUAUCUGUUUUAAAUGUUAUAACACUGUACAGCCCCAAAUUUCUGCUGUCCACCAACUGAUGUAUAACUGUAUUAAACUAUACGUUACAUCCUGACAGUAUCGAACACAAAAGUUGACUCCUGCCCAAGACAGUUUGCUGAUCCCAAUCCCAUGGACCACGGUUUGCCAGUCAAUCUAUGUAGUAUACAGUCACCUGUGUUCUCUAUAUAUUGUAAAGAUUCUUUGGAUGAUCAGUUGCAUAUUAAACUGCAUCAAUAAAUGUCAUAGACUCA